AGGAUCAGUAAUAGGCUUAUAACAGAUUCAGCACACUAUCCAACAAACACUCAAGAAAACAGGAGAACGAAUCACAUAUAAAAGAGAUUUGAGAGGCGGCCUCACUCCAUUUUCAUUCAACUCAAGCUUUCGUAUCAGUUUCUCACAUUUUGCCGAGAAAAUCUCACGUCAUUCGCGAGAAAAUUCCUACUGUUGUAUUCUUUCCAACCUCAUUUUGUGAUAAGAGAUGUUUCCUCCGGCUGACGACCCUCCCGAUCUAGCGAUCCCACCCAACCGCGGCCCUCUCCCCGUCAGGAGAAACCCUAACCCUAAUCCUAAUCCUCGCGCUCCUUCUGGUCACCAACGCGAUCCUCGGCCGCAGGGGAUUCGGGUGGCCCGAGCUCACCGAGGCGCUCGCAGAGGCUCAUUCUGCACUAUGUGGAGAUUCCUGUCAGGGUCUAUUGCUUUUUCUGUUUUGUUUAUAGUUGUUCUGAUGGUCAUGCAGACCAAAAUCCGCGUACCAGAGCAAGGGUGGUCGUUUCUUGACGGAAUUAAGUCUGGGAAGUCGUUGAAGUUCGGGCAGGGAAGUUUGUUAAGGAGGUUUGGACAGAGAAACGGACUCGAUCAUUUGCGGUCAGAAAUGAGGAUCGGCGUUCGGAGGCCUAGACUUGCUCUUAUCUUGGGAAACAUGAAAAAGAAUCCGCCAUCGUUGAUGCUGUUUACUGUGAUUAAAAAUCUCCAAGGACUUGGCUAUUUGUUUAAGAUUUAUGCUGUAGAUGAUGAUAACUCUCGCUCCAUAUGGGAGCAACUGGGUGGUCAAAUUUCAAUUCUAAGUCCUGAGAUAUACAGCCAUAAUGAUUGGACAACUUUUGAAGGCAUCAUUGUAGACUCUCUUGAAGCAAAAGAAGCCAUUUUAAGCCUUAUGCAAGAGCCUUUCUGUUUCGUACCACUUAUUUGGAUAAUUCAAGAGGAUACACUUGCAAAGCAACUUCCAUUCUAUGAGAAACUGGGCUGGGAACAUCUUGUUUCUUAUUGGAGAAGUGCUUUUAGCAGAGCUGAUGUUGUCGUCUUUCCAGAUUUUUCUUUGCCGAUGUUAUAUAGUGUGCUUGACACUGGAAACUUCUUUGUGAUUCCUGCAUCGCCAGUAGAUGUGUGGGCUGCAGAAAGCUACAGUAAAACCCACUCGAAAUAUCAGUUAAGAGAGGACCUUGGAUUCAAUAAAGAUGAUAUGUUGGUUCUAGUUGUUGGAAGUUCUUUCUUCUACGAUGAGCUAUCAUGGGACUAUGCUGUAGCAAUGAAUGACAUAGGACCGCUACUAAGCAAAUAUGCAAGGAGUAAGAAUGCUGGGGCCAUGUUUAGAUUUGUCUUUUUAUGUGGUAACUCUACUGAUGGAUAUAAUGAUCAUUUGAAGGAGGUUGCUUCACAUCUAAAACUUCUUCCUGGUUCUGUAAGGCAAUAUGGCAUGAAUAGUGAUGUCAAUGGUCUCAUGUUAAUGGCUGAUGUUGUUAUUUAUGCAUCAUCCCAAGUUGAGCAGGGUUUUCCACCUUUACUUACUCGGGCCAUGUCAUUUGGAAUUCCUGUUAUAGCACCCGAUCUUCCUGACAUAAGAAAAUAUGUCGUUGAUGGAGUCCAUGUGGUAAUUUUUCCAAAAAACAAUCCCGAUGCCUUGAUGAGAGCUUUCUCCCUUUUGAUAUCAAAUGGAAAACUCUCUAAAUUUGCUAAGGCAGUUGCACUCUCUGGAAGGCUACUUGCUAAGAACAUGCUGGCAUCAGAAUGUGUGAAUAGUUAUGCAAAGCUUCUGGAGAAUGUCCUUAGUUUCCCAUCGGAUGUAUUGCUACCAGGUCAUAUUUCUCAGUCUCAACAUAAUGCAUGGGAGUGGAAUUCAUUCAGAACUGCAGAUAUGCCGCUCAUUGAGAAUGGCAGUGCUUCCUUGAGAAAAUCUAGUGUUGUUGAUGUCCUUGAAGAAACUUUGUCCAACCAGCUUGAUUCAGGGAACAUUUCCAACAGUGAAACUGAGAAUGAUGUGCUGACACAGCUAGAUUGGGAUGUUUUAAGGGAAAUAGAAAGCAUUGAAGAAAUGGAAAGACUAGAAAUGGAGGAGCUUGAAGAAAGAAUGGAGAAAAACCCAGGUAUAUGGGAUGAAAUAUAUCGGAAUGCUCGAAAAGUUGAAAAGGUUAAGUUUGAAGCAAAUGAAAGGGAUGAAGGAGAGCUAGAAAGGACAGGCCAGCCACUAUGCAUUUAUGAGAUUUAUAAUGGAGCUGGAGCCUGGCCAUUUCUACAUCAUGGUUCUAUGUAUCGUGGGUUAAGUCUGACUACAAGUGCAAGGAGAUUAAGAUCAGAUGAUGUGGAUGCUGUUGAUCGGCUUCCUGUCUUGAAUGACACAUAUUAUCGGGAUAUCUUCUGUGAUAUUGGAGGCAUGUUUUCUAUUGCAUUUAGGGUGGAUAAAAUUCACAAAAGACCUUGGAUUGGGUUUCAAUCAUGGCAUGCUGUUGGAAGUAAGGUUUCAUUGUCUUCUAGAGCUGAAAAGGUUCUGGAAGAAACAAUACAAGAAGAAACAAAGGGAGAUGUAUUAUACUUCUGGGCUCACCUGAACGUGGAUGAUGGACCCACACAAAAAAACCGCAUCCCUACAUUUUGGUCCAUGUGCGACAUUUUAAAUGGCGGAAACUGCAGAACUGCUUUUGAAGAUGCUUUCCGCCAGAUGUAUGCUAUGCCAUCAUACAUAGAAGCACUUCCACCUAUGCCUGAGGAUGGUGGUUACUGGUCUGCGUUGCAUAGCUGGGUGAUGCCAACCCCUUCCUUUCUAGAGUUCAUAAUGUUUUCCAGGAUGUUUGCUGAUUCGCUUGAUGCGUUGCAUAUGAAUUCAAGCCAGUCCAUGAAUUUAAGCCAGUCAAUGAAUUCAAGCCAGCCCACAGUAUGUUUGUUGGGUUCCUCAAAGCGCGAGAAAAAGCAUUGUUACUGUCGGGUUUUGGAACUCCUGGUCAAUGUUUGGGCCUAUCAUAGUGCCCGAAAGAUGGUUUAUAUCAAUCCAUACUCGGGUCAGCUAGAAGAGCAGCAUCCUGUUGAACAGAGAAGGGGAUUCAUGUGGGCAAAGUACUUUAACAGCACAUUGUUGAAAAGUAUGGAUGAAGAUCUAGCAGAGGCAGCUGAUGAUGGUGACCAUCCCAGGGAGAGGUGGUUGUGGCCUUUAACAGGAGAAGUGCAUUGGCAAGGAAUUUAUGAGAGGGAGAGGGAAGAGAGAUAUAGGUCAAAGAUGGAUAAGAAGAGAAAAGCAAAGGAGAAACUUGUUGAAAGGAUGAAACAUGGAUACAAGCAGAAGCCAAUUGGACGAUAAUGACGUUUAUUGGUUCUGAUAGUGGAAUUCUCAACUCCUGAUAUGGCUACACAGACAUACAUUUCUUUAACUCAGUGAAUGGAGAAGGGUCAUGGUGAGGGAGAAACAUUUCUUUUCGUAUUACUGGAGUAUAUAGUCCAAUGACACGAAAGAGAGAGGCAAAAAAAGAGCUUCCUGUCAAAAUUAUGGCUACUACAGAAAUCUUCUAAAGAGGUUACUUGAAGCGGCACUAGGGGAAUACCACAUUCCAGAGGGACCUAACCCAUUCUUUUUCACUAUCCAUACACACAAAAUGUGUAGUGAGAGUAAUAUUUGUGUAUUCUUUCAUCACUGUAUAUUCAUUCUGCAAUAUCAGGUGCAAUUUUGAUGAGGGUAUUAGCUUUC